AAAUGAGUGUCACGUCGCGUCGCGACCGCGCCCCGUCCUCUUCCUCGACCUUCACCUCAUCCCUUCUCUCCUGUGCUCAUAUACAGACAAUAUGUCGUCGCCGCCACAAGCACCCAUGUCUCCUCCAAUGUCUCCUCCUCAGGACUUCUGGACAUCGGACGACGUCGACAUGCAGGACGGAGUCCAAGCUGAACAGCCCACCUCGGACGCGCCUGCGGCCCAACCACUUUUUCUCGCGUCGACCCCCUCAGCUACUGGAACUCCCGCACGUCAGCAACGUCAUGCGACACCUGGGAGUAGUAUGUCAAUGGUGGCUCGCAGAGCCCUUGGCAUGAACACGCCACGGGGAAAGACUCCGCUAUUCACUGCGUCGAGCUCCUCCCCAAUGGCGUUCCCGAGCUCCCCGAGCAAGCAAAAUACCCCAUCCCGCCGUCCUCUGUUCGCCAUGAGCUCCGACCCGCCGGGUUCCGCUGCCGAUUCUGAACCGCUCGAUUUUCCGAUGAGCCCGGCUCCCACAGGCACACCAAAGAACCGUCGCGGUGAUAUCCACUCCUCCCUGAGCGUGACGCCUGUUCCAGCUGCCUCUCGUCGGGCACCCCGCCCACGUAACCUCGAUAACGACCUCAAUUCUGAUGGCACACACAUGUCACUCCCCGCCUCAUCCGCCGCGAACUUAACAGCACCGACUGUUCCGUCUGAUGAGCCGGAUGAAAUUCGUGCCAUCUGGGGCACGACGGUAAACAUUAACGUGACGAUGCAGACGUUCCGUGACUUUCUACUCAGCUUCAAAGUGAAGUACCGUGUCGCCUACGACCGCGAGCGCGGUCUGCGCACCCGCGUGCUGUCCACACCCGGAGAGGGCGAACACACGCUGUACGUGACGUACCUUCGUCGGAUGCGCCAGACGGGCGAGACGAACUUGAACCUGGACAUGGUCAACCUGUCGUCGUAUCCGCCGAGUCGGAAGCUGUUCAGCCAGCUUGUCAAGUAUCCGCAGGAAGUGAUACCCGCGAUGGACCAGGUGCUCAAGGACCUCAUGCUCGAGGUGGCGGAGGAAGACCAGCAAGCUGGUCUGCCGGGCAUGGUUGGUCCGGAGGGCGAAGAGGAGAUCGCGGACAUCAUGAGCAAGGUGUACAAAAUCCGGCCUUUUGGAAUGCCGGCCAUUAACAUGCGAGACUUGAAUCCGACAGAUACGGACAAGCUCGUAUGCAUCAAGGGCCUCGUCAUCCGCGCGACGCCCGUGAUACCGGACAUGAAGGUCGCGUUCUUCCGCUGCCUCAAGUGCAACCACACCGUGCAGGUCGAGAUAGACCGGGGGAAAAUCGACGAGCCGGCGAUGUGUCCCCGCGAGGUGUGUGCCUCCCUGGGGACAAUGGCCCUCGUGCACAACCGGUGCGAGUUCGCGGACAGGCAGGUCAUUCGCCUGCAAGAAACCCCGGACGCGGUGCCCGAUGGUCAGACACCGCAUACGGUGUCGCUCAGCGUGUACGAUGAGCUCGUGGACGUUACGAAGCCCGGCGAUCGUCUCGCUGUCACAGGCAUCUUCCGUAGCAUACCCGUCCGCGUCAACCCGCGUCAGCGCACCCUGAAGAGCCUGUUCAAGACCUUCCUGGAUGUCGUGCAUGUGCGCAUGAAUAGCGAGGACAGACUGGGCUUUGACCGCAGCACACGCCCUGCGGGCGGCGACCGGAUUCCCGGUGUGGGCGGUAUGGGCGGGAUCGGUGGUGGUGCUAACGAAGAUGACGAAAACGAUGCCGCCGGAGAUAAGGAGCGGCGCGCGACGAGGCGGGAGGAGAUGGAGGCCAAGUUGAGGGAGCUCAGUCAGCGGCCGGAUAUUUACGACCUCCUCGCCCGCUCGCUUGCCCCGUCUAUCUGGGCUCUUGAUGACGUCAAGAAAGGUAUAUUGCUACAGCUGUUCGGAGGCACGAACAAGAGCAUCGCGAGAGGUGGUGGCGGCGGGGGACCCCGGUUCCGUGGCGACAUUAACGUACUGCUCGUUGGUGAUCCAGGUGUGAGUAAGUCACAGAUCCUCCAAUACGUACACAAGAUUGCUCCGCGAGGCGUGUACACCUCGGGCAAAGGGUCCUCUGCAGUCGGUCUCACGGCAUAUGUGACUCGCGAUCCAGACUCGAAGCAAUUGGUGCUCGAAAGUGGUGCUCUUGUCUUGAGUGACGGUGGUGUUUGCUGCAUCGAUGAAUUCGACAAGAUGUCAGAUGCUACUCGCAGUGUCCUCCAUGAAGUCAUGGAACAACAAACAGUCUCUAUAGCGAAGGCAGGCAUCAUCACUACAUUAAACGCGCGUACCUCCAUUCUGGCUGCGGCCAACCCUAUUGGCUCGAAGUACAACAGAAACGCCACGGUCACUCAAAACAUUGACCUGCCGCCGACGCUUAUCUCGCGCUUCGACCUCCUCUAUCUAGUCCUCGACCAAGUCGACGAAGCCAUCGAUAGGAAGCUAGCGCAGCAUUUGGUUAGCUUGUAUCUAGAAGAUGCUCCCCAAACAGGCGGACAGGACAUCCUGCCGCUUGAUCAACUAGCAGCAUACGUUACCUAUGCUCGGUCGCGCAUCAACCCAACUAUCACCGAAGAAGCUUCCGAGGAGCUCGUCCGCUGCUAUGUUACGCUCCGCAAGGCUGGCGAUGACCCCCGAUCGAGUGAGAAACGGAUCACAGCGACGACGAGACAGCUCGAAAGCAUGAUCCGGCUCUCAGAGGCCCAUGCCCGGAUGCGGUUCUCGCCGUUUGUCGAACUCGACGACGUCAAGGAGGCGUACCGUCUCAUGCGCGAGGCCAUCAGCACGAGCGCCAGGGAUCCCACGACGGGUGAGAUCGACAUGGGUCUACUCGACACGGGUAUCGGGCGGCAGCAGCGGAAGAUGCGCGGCGACAUGCGCAAAGCUGUCCUGGCGAUGCUCGAUGGCAACGCCGGCAGCACUCGCGGCGUCAAGUGGUCGGAGGCCCUCCAGGAGCUGGAGAGCCAGAGCUCGGUCAGAAUCAGCACGUCGGAAUUCCAGGAGGUCAUCAAGGAACUGGAGCAGGAGGGUAUGGUCAAGGUGGUGGGCGAUCGGGAGAGGCGAACCAUUCGUCGCGUGGAUGGCGCAUAAGAGAGGUUUGUUGUAGUGUCUCUAGCGGCUGUUUACCGUCUGCGGUUGUACGGUUGUACUUGCAGUAUUGCGUCGUUCUUGUUGUAGCGCUAUCGUGGUAUAGUCUGUUAUUGCUCUUGUUACGAAGCUCAUCAGAUCUCAGUUGGCACAUCCCGGAGAGUCGCGAAACGUCAGAUGAGAGGGC